AUGAGUGUCAGUGGCUUAAUGCGUUACGGGGCAGAAUUAACAAUAGUAGCUAUGCUAUUAGCAGCACUUCGCAGAGAAAGUGGGGUUGCAUUAGCUGUUAAUGUUGGUGAUGCUGGAUGGAUUAUUGAACGUUGGUUACUAUGGGGUGAACGUUGCUACGAUGCAUUUAGACGCUAUGCUAAACGCUCUUCAUACUUCGGUAAGAUUGGUAUAGUUCCAAAGACAGGAAACUUAAACGAGCCUGCUGGUAAUCCCACUGGAUUCUUUGUCUUUUGA